ACAGCCAGUGUCGAGUGUCGUGUCGAUGCGUCCUCGCGGCGACAAGUCACGCCGGUCACGCGGUGCUACGCGUGGCGGCAAGUGGCGAUGCUGGCUGGGCCGAGCAUGGGAAUGUAUCUGCUGGUAAUGGCGACUGAGACGAUUUCGCUGCUGGUGUUGUCACGGCAUGGCAGUACGGCCGAACUUGCUGGGCUUGGCUUGGGGAAUUUGGUCUACAACUGCGUGGCCCUUGCUGUGGGCUUUGGCUUCACCGGUUCGCAGGACACUCUGGUGACCCAAGCCUUUGGCUCGAACCGCCUCGAGCUCUGCGAGCUCUAUUUGCAUCGCUGCCAGGUGUGGAUGUGUGCCGUGUUUCUCGUCAGUGGCAUGGUGAUUGGAUUUACGGAGCCCUUGUUGCGACUUCUGAGAGCCUGCGACGAGGAGACGGCAUCCCAUGCAGGCAUCUAUACCAGGCUGUUGGUCCUGGGAUUGUUGGGCACUUUCCAAUACAGCGCCCUGCGCAAGUUCCUCGCCGCGCAGAAGCUGGCGCGCCCCGGGAUGUACGUGCAGAUGAUGUCCCUGCCGAUUCACUUCCUGUGGUGUAUCCUGCUGGUGCCUCGCUAUCGCAUGCGGGGUGUUGGGAUGGCUAUGGCCUUCAAGGGCUGGCUCGAUUUCUUCCUCUUAGGGCUCUAUAGCUCCUGGCUGGCGCCGUUGCCACACUGCAGACAUUGGUGGAAAGUCUGGCGAGCGUUCAUGGGGGACCGAGUCUGGCCGGGUUUAAGGGAGUAUCUCCGCUUAGCGCUGCCCUGCGUCGCGAUGAUGGCGGUGGAAUGGUGGGCCUUUGCCACUCGGAAGGGAUGA